AUGACUACGACAGGCAUAUACAGAAACAUCAAGGGCCUCUCACAGCUGAGAUUGACGUUCAACGUGCAUUACUGGCGGAUAAAGCCUGUAAAGCUGCAGUGGAUGCGCUUCAUUGUCUGGGUUUAUUUCCAGCUGAGGACUACGCUAAUGGGCAUGGGGAUUCAUAGUGCGUCGGAAUUACGACUCGAGUUCCUCGAACACUGGGACGACAUCUUUGGAACUGUGAAAGAAUGGAGUACCCAUGUUGAUCAGGCAAGGGGUUUGCUCAGCAGUGCUCAAACCUCCCUUGAAAACCUCAGAACGGCGAAACGAUACGCGACACAAGAGCAUCUCAAAAUCGGGUUGGGGUUUCUUGAGCCGGAGCCGAAGGGCCAGAGGAAUAAAGUGGCCAAACGGAAGGCGAAGGAGGAGAGGAUUAAGGCCGCGCAAGCCAAGAAGGCUGGGUCAGGCAGCAAGGACUGA